UCAUAACUCCUAAGCUAUAAGCAAUACAAAAUUGAGAGUUGGGGGAAAUACGGAUAUCCCAUAUGUGAGAGCAAGGAACGACAACUCUGGGUGGGGCGAAAGUGAAAAUAGAAAAAUGACCUAGAUAAGAACAGGAAGUUUAGGAUUCUGACGUCAUGGGUGUGUUAUGAGGGCAAAAUGGCCGACAUUGUCAUGUCUUGUUGUAUGUCGGAUCAGGAAAAAGAACAGAAAAGUCGAAGUAAGGAUAUAGACAGACUCAUUGCUAAAGAAAAGGCACAGUUUAGACGAACAAUUAAAAUCCUUCUGCUUGGCGCAGGGGAAAGUGGCAAAAGUACAUUCUUAAAACAAAUGAGAAUUAUACAUGGGCAAGACUUCGACGACGAGUCCAUUAGGGAGUUUAAAUGUGUGAUAUAUGGAAACGCAGUGAAAGGUCUAAGAGUUUUGAUCGAUGCCCGUGAAAAGUUGGGGAUUCCCUGGGGUGAUGAAGAGAACACCAAGCAUGGAACCUUCGUAUUUGGGUACAACACAUCAACCAAACUAGACGAAACAUCAUUUGUGCAGUAUGUGGAGCCGAUGAGAUGUCUUUGGCAAGAUAAGGGUAUUCAAGCUGCCUAUGACAGAAGAAGAGAAUUCCAGUUGGGAGAUUCAUUGAAGUACUUCCUUGAUGACUUGAACAGAGUUGGACAACCAGGGUAUGUGCCGACAAAGCAGGAUAUUCUCCAUGCCAGAAAGGCUACCAAAGGCAUCAUAGAGCAUACGAUCGACAUCAGCGGCGUGCCCUUUCUGUUUGUAGAUGUUGGAGGUCAAAGGUCACAGAGACAAAAAUGGUUCCAGUGUUUUGAGAGCAUUACUUCCAUUCUUUUCUUGGCUUCCUCGAGUGAAUUUGAUCAAGUGCUUUUAGAGGACAGGAAAACAAAUCGUCUUCAGGAGUCGUGUGACAUCUUUGAAACAAUCAUAAACAACAAGACUUUCUGUAGUGUGUCCAUAAUUCUCUUUCUGAACAAAUUUGACUUGUUAAAAGAGAAAAUCAAGCAUGUAAGCGUUAGAGACUACUUCUCCGAUUAUCCGGGAGACCCGCAUAAUCUGGAACACAUACAGAACUUUCUGCUAACAAUGUUCGAUGAGAAGCGAAAAGACCGGAGCAAACCUCUGUUUCAUCACUUUACGACUGCCAUAGACACAGACAAUGUGCGAUUUGUAUUUCAGGCUGUGAAGGAUACAAUUCUACAAGAAAACCUAAAAUCUCUCAUGCUACAAUGAGAGUGGGUCUACAAGUUUAUGAAGUCAGCCAAUCAAAACGAGUCAUUAUAUGGAUUGCCUGAAAUAAAUCUUACUGGGGGCAUCUGUCAGUGAUACGGUUACCUGUUAUCAGUAUGCGUCAGUCAUUGUCAGUAAGGAAUACUGAGGUUCUCAAUAUGAGAUACCAACUUGUGGCUUCAUGUGGCAAAACUGUGUCAUGUGUGGGAAAUGUGGGCAGUGUGUGAGAGGCAUCAGCCGUAAUGAUGUCAAUUUCUUCAUGUUAUUAUCUAGUCCAGGAUAAAGGGUGUAUAUUGACUACUAAUGUAUUUCAAUAUGCAUGUUGUUCAUGUAAUUCAGUGAUUCCGUGUAAAGCUGUUGAGCGUUUUAAUUGGUUGUUAAAAAUUGUUCUGUAUGCAUGUAUAUAAGGCAACAUUAUCUGUUAGAAAAUUUCAUAAAUUUUGGCAUGAAUUAACAACUUAUAGACACAUGUAGUCACAUUUUUCAUGGAAUUAUCUUUUUUUAAACUUGUUAUUGUGAUGAAAUUGUUUUUAGGAAAAUCUUGUUCAGUUAAACUAUUGACAUGAAAAAAAAAGUUCAUGAAAGAAUUUGUGAAGUCAUCGUCAACCAUAUGGUUCACAAUUUGGGGAUUUUUUUAGCAGAGGCUUUAUCUAAUUAUUAAUGGUUAAUUAAUCCUCAGUUUUGAGCCAUUCAUAUUGUUGAUUAAUUUUAUUUUUAGUCCAAACUAUUAUAAUUAUAUUUAUGGUUGCUCAUUGGUUCCAUAGUUUAAAAGUUUUAUGAGAUUAUGAUAGCUCAAAGGGACAGGUGAUUUGGAAAGUGGUUUCUUGUCAUAGUUAUUUAUUAAUAGAAAAAUACUAUCUUAACACCCAUCAAAAUUAUGUAUAUUUCAAAGUAUCUUUUUAUAUUAUCAUUAAAUUCUAGUGUUGCUUUUUAAUAGCUGCAAAUUGUUAUGAAGCAUUUUUUAAGUGCUUUAAAAACUAUAAAAUUAACUCGUUAAGGAAACAAAAAAGAAAAAUGACAUCGUGCUGACUGCAUAUUACUUGUAGUAAAUGGUUAUAUGUGAACUCAGUGAUUUUACAUGUUAAGGUUGUAGUGAUAAUGUAAAAACUGGUUUUAUGGUGCGUUUCUUAUACAUAUAACAUUCCAGGCUUGGUACUUAUAGAGGGCCGUGUUGAUGCUUUACAUUUACACGGUGCUUAGUGAAGUGCUUCUUGAUCAGUCGUGGAAGUCUAUGAAAUUUGAUUCUCAGCGUAAAAGCUUCCUCCCGAUUUCUCUCCAUCAUUUCCUCUAAAACUGGCAUGCUUAUGGUAUUGUGUAAUGAAAUUUACAUGUAGUGGUUCUAAGUAUUGUGAUAUUAAGCAUUGUCUAAGGUUUAUGAAUGUAAUACUGUGUUCAAUAGACUAGUCUCAUAGUACAACGUGCACUGGGUUCUUAAGAAAGCUGACUUAACAUGAACUAGCAAUCACAGAGGCUUUCACUAUUAAGUGUAUGACAGUACGUGUCUUCCUGGGUAACAGAGCAUACAGAGGUGUAACUUAGGGUGCAUAAAAAAAGGAGCUGUUAACAGGAAAGGAUCUUAACUGAGAUGUGAAAUGUAAAACAAUGGACAGUGUCUACUCUGUUAGGUUUAUAAACAAUGUAGGACCAAUUGUGGCAAUUCACAAGAGGGAGAGAGAAAGAGAGAGAUUUCUCCUACAAAUUAUAAUCGGAAUGUUCUGAUUUGGUAUAUGUUGUCUCGCGUGAAGGAAAUGCUUUGACUCGUUGGUUUCGACCGGUUUGUCACGUUUGUGUACGAAGUAAAACAGAUGGUGUGUGUGUGUGUUUAAGAGAAUGGCUGGAGUAUUGUCUGUGAACAGAGAAAUACAAGUAUUCAUCAAGUGCCUCAUUUCACUUUAUUGGGAAAAGUUUCUUAAUACCAUUCUUUGUCAUUGAUAUUCCAUAGAAUCACUUUCAUAUUUUAUUUUAAACGGGUUGGGGGGACAGAUUUCCAUGAUUGUAGAAAAAGAGUUCAUGCAAGAUUUCUAGUUUAAUUUCUCUUGUUCAAGGAGGAUAUAAAUUUAAGAGGGUCUAUUCAUACCACUAAAACAGCAAAAAUUACCCCUACUCCCAUGAAAAUUAAUUAUUUUACAGUAUGAAUACAAAACUUAUCAGAUGUAUGAACUAGUAGCAUUAUUAAUAUGCAUAUUAUCAAAUUAUUGGAUGUUUCAUCUGGGAUAACCUGUGACAUAACUAGGCAUGAAAUCUAUAACAAUUAUGGACAAAAUAUGUAAUGUGUAAACAAUUUCAUAAUCAUGAACUCUGGGGUGAACAUUUUUAAACUUGCAUCCAAGAACUGGGGAUUUGCGGAAAAGAACUUGCCCGGUACAGUAAUGAGUUGAUCAUAAUUGUAUCAUCACUGUGGAGCAGUGACAUUUUUAAAGUUUGCUAUGAAUAUUUUUAUAGUUUUCACACAGUAUUUUAAGAAAGUCAUAUACAUAUACUUUGUUACUUUAUUUUUUAUUCUUGGGGACAAUGGUGUAAUAGUUAUGCCUCUGCUGAAUAUAACAAUCAUACUACGACUUUUCUCAAGGUAAACAUCUUUCAGUAGGUCCAGUUUGUUUUGCCUAUCCUUGUAUACACUGUGUAGAUGUUCUUUGCCAAUCUGGAUCCAAAUAUUGUUGCUCAAUCAUUUUCUAUUUUUAUUACUUGUACAAUCAGGUUGAGCAAGCUUCAUUGGUGCAUUAUUUCAGUGGCUUAAAGAAAGACAACUCUUGUUUUCACUUACAGUUCUUUAGUUAUACAAAAUUUAUUUAAAUUACUUGUAUCCUGUUGCAUGUUGUGAAAGACUGUGUCAUACAUGUCAUCAUAUAUUUUUACAUCCCACCGCAGAGAGUUCUCUUAUAUUAAACCAGAAGCACAUUAAUUGCCAAAAUUUGAUUAAUUUCUGUACAUGCAACUGUUUAGUUUUUAUAAUGUAUAAUAUAGGUGGGUAAUGACUUUAUUUGUAACAUUUCAUUCUAUCAAUUUAUCAUAUCUCAGUCUUAUCAAGUUAUCACAUUUCAGUCUAUCAAUAUUUUUUUCCAUUUAUUUUACAAUAUGUUGCUAGCAAAUCUUCUUAAUUUUUGGGCUUAUUUACAAUUGGUAAAAUUGACGUUCUACAAUACUGCUCUAGAUGUUGUACAAUUAUUUUAUCCCUGUUAUAAAUCUGUAUGAGCUUAUCUUCAAAAGUCAUAUAAAGUAUGAAAUUCUUUGAAUAAAUACUUCAACUAGAGAUGCUUCUGGAGAAAAUAUCUUUUUAAGACACAAAGUACUUGAAGCUGGUUGAUAUAUAGUGUGUGUCAUCUUUUGAAGGCAGUUUGUGACAGCCCAGGCUGGAAUAAAAUACCUGUAACUACCUGUAAGCAAAUACCUAAAUGAUAUAUAUAGAACAUUUAGAUUAAAAUCUAUCUAUACUACA